UUGGACCGGCUCUCCAUCCUGCGGCUGUCCGUCAGCUACCUUAGGACGAAGAGUUAUUUUCAAGUUGUGAUGCACAAAGACAAGGAGGAGCUGCAUGGGCACCGGCGCGAGCACUCGGCCUACGACCACGUCAUGCCGGACGGGGAAAUGUUCCUGCAGGCGCUGAAUGGCUUCCUGAUGAUCCUCACAUGCGAAGGCGAGGUGUUCUUCGCGACCCACAGCAUAGAGAGCUACCUCGGCUUCCACCAGUCAGACAUAGUCCACCAGUCGGUCUACGAGCUAGUCCACUCCGAGGACCGAGAAGAGCUGCAGCGGCAGCUGCUGUGGAACUCCUUCCUACCUCCUGAAGUCAGCAAUCUGACACUCCAAGAUGUUUUGAGGCCGGAGAGAGCGCAUCUUCUGGAGAGAAGCUUCACUGUACGGUUUAGGUGCCUGCUAGACAAUACCUCGGGGUUCUUGAGGCUAGACAUCCGGGGUCGAGUCAAAAUCUUACACGGGCAGAAUAAAAAGACAGAAGAACCACCUCUAGCGUUGUUUGCAAUAUGUGCCCCCUUCGGACCACCAAGCUUACUAGAAAUCCCUCAGAAAGAGGUCAUGUUUAAGAGCAAGCACAAACUAGAUCUUUCGCUCGUGUCUAUGGACCAAAGGGGCAAGAUGCUUCUAGGGUACACGGAUGCAGAACUGGGGAACAUGGGGGGUUACGACUUAGUACACUACGAUGACCUAGCAUAUGUGGCCAGCGCUCAUCAAGAACUAUUAAAAACGGGUGCUUCCGGCAUGAUCGCGUACCGCUUCCAGACCAAAGAAGGGCAGUGGCAGUGGCUACAGACCUCAUCGCGGCUAGUUUAUAAAAACUCAAAGCCUGACUUCGUUAUUAGCACACAUAGGCCGCUAAUGGAGGAAGAAGGCCGCGACCUCCUCGGCAAACGGACUAUGGACUUCAAAGUCAGCUAUCUGGACACGGGCCUUACAAGUCUGUACUUUUCGGAAACGGAACAACUUUCAGGCUGCGAGUCUACCGUCACAACCCCUCCACGAAACGCGCGCCGCUACAAAACACAACUUCGAGACUUCCUUUCUACCUGUCGGAAUAAAAGACGGGUGCCUUCCACUCCUGCUCCUCCUCCUGUAGACUAUCUAGCCGCUGAUGCCGUCGCAGCAGCGUAUACUAACCUAAACGGUGCCUACACCGCACCAUACGGAGAAUAUCCUCCAGCACCCGCCUUACAUUAUGCCCCCCCGCCCUUGGAUGACAGGUUUCUCACGGCCGACAAUAUCUUCCAUCAAUACAAACCUCUAUCGUACCAUUACACUCCUUAUACGCCCAAUGGCUUCCUAGAACCGGCGCCACCGCCCGGUUAUGACGUGGCACCGACAUACCAUAGGCCCCCUUCUAGAGAAUACACGUACGUGGAUACUACUGGAAGGUACAUGAGUCCUGUAACGGGACAAGAAAGAAGAUCACCUAGUAUUGUGCCCGGGCCAAGUCCGGGGGGGUCCAGCGGAUCUGCGGAACAUGAACGGAUGCAGCAAACGCAACCAGCAGAGGUGCCCAGACAGACUGUCCUCAUGUGGGGCGCUGGCGGGACGGCUCAAGAAGUGCCCGUGGAGUACUCCCCACCCCAGGUUUGGCGCUACCAUCCAUCACAUUACCACACCGCUGAAGCGACACAAUGAUUUUAGUAGCCUUUUUUGCGUGCGAUUGUUUCGUUUUAAGUAGAUUAUGGUGUUUGAUGAAACUGUCGCAUUGCAUCUUUGAUUAUGAGAAAAAGUUUUCAUCACAUCAGGGUAUACUUCAAAUUCAUUACUGGACAAAGUAUUAUAAUUUACUUACUGAUAAAUUUAAAGAACUUACAAAAUAAAAUGAUACAUUAGGUACGAGUACCUACGUUCAAUUAAAUAACACACCGAAACUGAAAUUGAUGAAGAGUAAUGUUCCACCAUCAAAGUUUUUGCAAUCACUGUCUAAAUUUACUUUACCGUAAAGGUAACUUUGACGACAGUUCCAUCAAAUUCGUGUCUUCAAAGUUUUGUCGCGUGACUUCGUUAAUGAAAAAAUCAACUACCUACCUAGAAUGUUUAGUGAUAUUUUACUUAUUGAUAAUAUUACUAUCAUACGUGACUUCCCUAUCACGCGUCAAAACAACUUGUUACCAGGAGUUUUAUUUCCUUCUUAUAUCUCGCUCAGUCCAGUCUUUGUUUCUUUGCUAAGCCUUAUAGUCCAAAAAUCGUAAGACCAAGUUUCUUACGUUUUUUCGACUUUCUGUUUUUUUUUCUAAUGGAUAAUCUAGACGAUACUUGGCAUCAAAAAAAUAAGGGUGUCCUUUUCAAUUACCCUAGUAAACUCAUAACUAAUCAAAUGUGGAAACCAUUGACUGUAAAAGUUUUAGCAUGUAGUAAAGCACGAAACCUUAAAUAAGGUGACACCCAUUUUGCAUACGUUUCUACAGAAUGAUUCUCUUUUCAUUAUGGUUUGAUACCACAUCGUGACCUUUUCAUUGUCUAUUCUUGUCUAGAUAUAUCCAAAGACAUGCUCAUGACACUGAUUAUAGAGCAUGUCAGACCAGAAACAGGGUCCUUCCAUUUUCUUCAAUGUAGAUAAAUUCCUUGUAAAUAUUCAAAUGUUCUUCUAUGCUAGAAUUAUGAAAUUCAAGUAGUCCAUUUUGUAGUUAGGUUUUAAUAUUAUUAUAUCUUACAAUGAGAGUUUUAGUAAUUAAUUGUACAUAUUUAAUUUAAAUAGUUAUUUAAUGCUUGGGCUUUGUAUUGAAAUAUAGCUUAGCUCGCAAAAAUAAAAAUUGAGCAUUUUUCCAAUGUAUGGUAUAAAACUUUGAAAGGAUUAGUUGCUUUUAAAAUGUCUGCCGAUGUUUGGCAUGGCAUACGCUAGAUGGCAGUAUGGUCAAAUACAAAAAUAAAAGUUAUUAAGGGCUUUCUCACAUAAAAUUGUUUUAUAAAAUUGAUUUAAGAACAACCUAGAACAAAACAUAUCAGUUUAAUAUUAGCAUAAUUAUAAUAUUUUAUAUUGUUAUGCGCCACACUUUUGCCACAUGUUAAUUUUGCAAGUAGGUAAAUUUACAAUAUUGUACAACGUACAAUAAUUCACUCUGAAAUAGUUGCCAAUAGGUCUUCGCAUUGUAUGAUAAAGGUCAAUUGAUAACUGUCGAGUGUAUGUCCUUAUUUUGCCCCGACUAUACUUACCAACUCAGUAACAGAUAUCAGAUUAAAAACAAAAUUAUAUAGCAAAAAACACUAACAAAUUGUCCUACUCGUAAUAACGUUAGACUGUCUGCACUUUGUACCGCCAAAAAACGGUGUAUUUCCAUUUGCCCAUCCCAAAUGACCAAAUGAGAGAUGUAAAUCUAUGAUUUCCCAUAAGUGACCGGUGCGGACAAAUGGAAAUACACACAGAGCUACGCAGAGUUUGUGUGUUAUUGGAAUGAGCGUGCCGCGCAUAGUGUCGCUGUACCAGCACUGCCUUGCCAACGUCAUUUUAAAUCAGCACUUUUGUACAUACACUUCGCGUGCCUUUUUCUCUUCCAUUUAUUAAUCCUACUUUUAUUGUGCUACAGUGAUCGGGUUGGCAAGGCAGCGACUCCAUCGACGACUAGACUUAAGUUAGUCUAAAAUUCGUAUAUUUGUAUAUUACGAAAAACACUGAGUCGUAAAAUAGGCAAACAUUUUGGAUCUCUUGGUUCUGCUGCAGGCAGGUUAACUGCUUAUUUCCAGAAAUAAUUUUGCUGUAACCAGUAUUUUUCGUCAUGUACAUAAAACAAUGUCUUCUAACUUAUCGUUAAGAUCAUUGAAAAAUCAACGUAAGAAUCGACAGAAGUAUUCCAAUGACUACCUACCUAAUUUCAUUUGUAUAAUGCAUAAGUGUGGCGCAAUAUCAAACUCAAAAAUAUGAUAAUAAUUAACUCUAUUUUAAACAAACUUGAUACAAAAUUUCGGAAUAUGCCACCUAUUCAUAUGUUUUAGACGAGCUUGCAAAAAUUCUUAUUGAAUAAUCUCUGUUUGAUAUAUCCUAAUUACUAAAAUAAUAGACUGAAGAAUUAGGAGUUCGGUCUGGAAUGCACGAUUCAAGUUUUUUCUUGCUGCUUAAUGAUUUGAAAAUGCGUGUAAAACUAUUUUCUAAACAUCAUUAAAAAGUAAGGUUGCCGUUAUGUAAAAAUUAAGUAUAUAAAACCAUUUACUAUACUUCAAUAUAGGCAAGGUAAGUUGGGAUAAGACUCAUACUGUUCCUCUUGCCCCGAGUAAAAGAAACUAUGGUAGUCUUAUCUCACCUCACUUUUCUUACUUGAAUUUAUUCAAGACACGUUGCCCUAAAUAAUUCAACAAAAAUUAAAAAUUGUAAACUUGAAAGUAAGCAAUACGAGUAAUUGCGUUCAAACAUAAUGGAAACAUAAAACACUUUAUAUCAUAAUAACAUUAAAAUAUGCUCUAAUUUAUUAAUAAAAUUGUAAAUAAAUAUUUAGUUCUACACUUAACUCUAUGUAACAUUAGUUAUUCGUAAUUAUUUAAAUGAACAUAAUAAGUAAGAUGAAGAUAUCCAAACAGUUUCUGUAUUUAUUUUAGCAUAGCAUACCUACAUUUUAAUGUAAUUAAA